AAAAUGCCUGUCAGGCAAGCCCUUGACAAAACCGCUCCAGCCGCCGAGGUGCAGCAUCCUAUUGUAAGCGGCUGCUGGCGGAGCCGGCUGGUUUGUCAUCCUUCUGGAAAUUUCUGCGGCCAGUGAGCUCCCUCUUCCUCUCCCACUCACCCUCUUUUCCUUCUCACCACUGCGGGGACUUCUCCUAAUUUGCAGUUUCCCUUUCCCCCCCCUGACGUACACAUGGUAGAUAGGAGCCGGUGUGGCUCGCAGACUGCGGCUGUCUGGAGCUCGGCAGGCAGCCGGCGGAGAGCGGCGCUCCGGGAAGGAUGAUUCUGCAGCGCUUCUUGAGGGAUAGGCUUGUGUGGUAUGGCAGCAUAUGAGCUGAUUCUGCAGUCCCCAGCCUUGGACCUGACACGCUGACGGGAACCUGCUUGUGGAGAGAUCGGAAAGGAACUGAGAGCUGCCCUUGUUUAACAGCCAGCCACAGCAUCCCUAUCAUCUGCUUAAACAGGCGGAGCGCUGCCGGCGGGGCACCAUGGCGGACGAGAGGAAGGAGGAAGCCAAGGCCCCGCACUGGGCUCCGGCUCCACUGGCAGAGGCCUCCUCGCACCCCCACUCCCCCGAGCUGAAGGAGCAGGGCGGCGCGGGGCCCGGGCUGGUCCGCAGCGCCAAUGGAUUCCCCUACCGGGAGGAGGAGGAGCCGGGGCUGGGCGGCCGGCAGCAGCCGGGCACCUACGGCGGCGGCAAGGAGAACGGCAUCAACGGGGAGCUGUCGGCGGGGGACAGGGAGACUGCAGAAGAAGUGUCUGCCAGGAUAGUGCAAGUGGUAACAGCUGAAGCUGUAGCAGUCCUGAAAGGAGAACAGGAAAAGGAAGUCCAACACAAAGAGCAGCCCGGACCGCUCCCGUUAGCAGUUGAAGAGUCAGCCAACCUGCCUCCUUCCCCACCUCCGUCGCCGGCUUCCGAGCAGACCGGAGCGCUGGAGGAAGGUUUACUUGCAGCCACGAAGAUGGAAUUCCGUGUCCAGGAGGGCUCACGCCCUUUGGCAGCAGAACCCUUAGACACAAAGCAGCCUGAAUCUGGGAAAGAGAGUAAGACUGGUGAGCAACCUAAAUAUGAUGCCUUAGUUCCACAGCCAGCAAAAACAGAGGCUCUAGACAAAAAGGAUUCACAGAGCAAAGACAAAGAGAAAAUGCCUUCACAUCUGUCAGAACCGAUCUUGGAUACUGAGCCACUAAAGAAAGGGGAAGGUGGUUCUGCAGAACCUGCUGCCAAGCCUCCUGCUCCUCCAGAGCUGAAGGAGUUGCCAUCUGAACUGCCCAAAGGGAGUAAAACAGAAGAAAGGACUGCAGAUGUGCCCUCAUCAGCAAACCAAGUUGCAUCUUUGAAAUUGAAAGAUGACCUUAAAGACAUCCAAGGCUUUGCCAUCAGCCAGGGUGAAAGUUCUCUAUUGCUAUCGGAACCCAAGGCAGAAGCAGCCAGAGGUGAACUUCCACCAAGCCCGUUUCCUGCUGUCCCCCAGGACCUUCCAUUCAAAGACAGUUUCAAAACAAAACAGGAAGCCCCUGACCAACUCUUUGCCAAAGAUCUCACUGCAGAUGAGCAGGUCCACAAAGGCAGGACACUAGCUCUGCAAGACAUCUCUGCGACAGUAACCUUCGAUGGCCUGAAAACUCCAAGCACCCCGAAAAUGCCCGCGUGGGGGGAGGAAAAGGACAUGACCAAGGAUGAGAGUGAUGAAGAAGAGAAGUACGACUUCUAUGACAAAGGGGAGGCUCAGAUAUUAGAUGAUGGUAAAUUUACCACAAAACCUGAAGCUAAGGCACUUGCCCUAGACAAAACAGACUUUCCAAAGGACAGCCAAGCUAAAAAGUCACCUGAUGUCCUCAAGGCAGAAAAAGAAAUGGACCAAAGUGGACUCCUGGAAACACCAGACAUGAAAAAGGAGGUGCAGCCAAGCACACAGCUACCCCCAAGCCAUGAACUGACUCUUGAGCAAAGAGCAGAGCACCCUGAUAGCGCUCAGCUAGGCAGAAAAACAGAGAAAGGCCUUGAGGCACUGAGCUUAGGCACUGACAAGACUUCUGCUCUAGAAGCUGCUCAAGAGAAAGACGUUAAGAAGGAUUCCAAGGAGGAUAAGAUGAGCGCUUCAGCUCCCUCUCGAGUGAAAGAGGAGGAGGAUCGGUCGGGAAUGUCAAAGUAUUUUGAGACCUCUGCUCUGAAAGAGGAAGCCUUCAAAGCAGAGGCUCUGAAACAAGGCAGCGAUUACUAUGAGCUGAGUGACACUAAGGAGAGUGUCUACGAGCCUUACCGGACCAACCGCCUCAUUCCUGAAGACAAAGAGGAAGAGGAGGAAGAGCUGCAGGCAGAACUGCAGCAGCAGGGCAUGUCUGCUCACGAGAUGGGCUACAGUACCCUGGCACAGAGCUUUGGGUCAGACAAAUCUGAGGAGCCAAGCUCCCCCACAGAAAGGAUGUUCACCAUUGACCCCAAAGUCUAUGGGGAUAAGAGAGAACUCCACAGUAAAAACAAAGAUGACCUGACUCUGAGCAGGAGCCUGGGGCUGGGGGGCAGGUCUGCCAUCGAACAGAGGAGUAUGUCUAUUAACUUGCCUAUGUCCUGCCUGGAUUCCAUAGCUCUAGGGUUUAGCUUUGGGCGUGCACACGAUCUUUCGCCCCUCGCUUCAGAUAUCCUCACUAACACCAGUGGAAGUAUGGAUGAAGGGGAUGACUACAUGCCAGCAACCACACCGGCACUGGAGAAGGCUCCCUGCUUCCCCAUUGACAGCAGAGAGGAAGAUGAACACAUCGAAGAAGAAAAACCAAGAGCAGAAGAAAAGGUCCAGCCUGAGCCCUCGGCCGAGUCGCCUUUCCUGGCCAAAGAUUAUUACAAAAACGGGGCUGCCUUGGCUCCUGACCUGCCUGAAAUGUUGGACUUGGCAGGGACAAGAUCCAGAUUGGCCUCCGUGAGCGCAGAUGCCGAGGUGGCGCAAAAGAAGCCAGCUCCUCCUGACGCUGCUGCGGAAGAGAGAGGCGCAGCCCUGCCGCCGGUGACGGGCGAGAACCACGUCACCCUCAAAGCUGAAAGCCAGCUGGAGGACUUGGGCUACUGCGUUUUCAACAAGUACACAGUCCCCCUGCCUUCUCCAGUUCAGGACAGUGAGAAUCUAACCAGUGAAACCUGCCCCUUUUACGAAGGCACGGAUGAAAAACUGAGGCGCGGCCUGGCCCCAGACCUGUCUUUAAUAGAAGUGAAGCUGGCCGCCGCCGAGAAAUCCAAAGAGUUCCUGGCUGCCAAAGACUUGGGUCAGCCUGGCACUGUCGAGUCCCUCCUGGCAAGGGACUUUGAGCAGGAGAAAAAAGAGAAGCUGCAGACUGUGCUAGAAAAAAGUGAGGAGCACCUUGACUCUAAACAGGUCUUCCCCGUUAAAGGUGCAGAGGCAGAGAGGCCGAGACCUGAGGCAAUCUUAGAACUGAAAGAAGAAAGUGUGGCCGAUAAAGUGCACCUAGCUGAUGAUAGCAUGUAUGGUAGGAUACCAGCUUCAGAGCUAGCAGUAGGCAAGGAUGCUGUCUCUUUGCUGAUGGAGAAGGAGGAAAAGGCUCUCGGUGUCCUUCCCGAAAUAGCUGAGGUAGAAGCUGUAAUCAAACCGGAUUACAACGCGAUAAAGCACGAUAUGGAAGUGGCCGCGAGGAGAGCUGACCAAGAAUACCAGAGUCAGUUAGAGGCUAAAAUCAACGAGGUUGUUUCUCUCCCUUCAGGGAAGGACAAAGCCUCUGUUAAAAGAGCAGAGCCUGAACCCAAAGAUGCUCAGCAGAAAGAUCAGCCCGUUCUGGCCAGAGAAGCAAAGGAUGCAGACGUGCUUUCCAAGAGCGAGCUGAGUUACGUGAAAGACGGCACCAAGCUGUCAGAAACGGAGAUUAAGGAGAAAGUAACUAAGCCUGAUCUGGUACAUCAAGAAGCAGUUGAUAAAGAGGAGUCUUAUGAAUCUAGUGGAGAGCAUGAUCAGACCCAAGAAGGUUCGAAUGGAGAGUCCUUGAAACCAGAGGAUAUCAAAGCAGAACAGCCAAAACCUCCUGUGUCUGGGGAAGAGUCGCUUGCGCAGUUAGCAGCACAGGAGCCUUCUGUGGAGCUCCUUCCAAAAGCUGAGCCUCUCCAGGAAGAGCCUGCUGAGAUUCAGAUGGAGAGCAUACCACAGCCUGGAGAAGGAAUUGAAAAGAUUCCCGAUGGAGCUGUGCCACCCACAGACAUCCAAAGGCUGCUGCCGUGCGAAGUGUCGGCCGGGACCGCAACGGGGGAAGAACACGAGGAAGAAGAGGUGGAAGUAGGGCAAGAAGAAACAGAAGGGGAUAAACAGCAUUUCGUAUCAGAAGCGCCCCAAGAAACAGACUUUGGGAGAGCUGCUGCUGCUGAAGUGCUGGCCACAGGCAGCCCAGAAGCAGUGCCUGAGCUGAAAGGCGUUAUCGAAUCGGUGGUGACCGUGGAAGAUGAUUUCAUCACCGUGGUACAGACAACAGUCGAUGAGGGCGAGUCUGCUUCGCACAGCGUGCGCUUUGCCGCCACGCAGCAGGAGGACGUCGAAGCCGGGGACUCCCAGGCCGAGGAGGAGCUGGAGGUUGAGGAAGUGGCUGACAUUCAAGCUGAGCCAAAGGAGGGCUCCCCAGAAGCUCCUGCUUCACCCCAGAGAGAAGAAAUCCUGCUCACCGACUACAAGACGGAGACGUGUGACGAUUACAAGGAUGAAACAACAAUCGACGACUCCGUCAUGGACACAGACAGUCUCUGGGCAGACACUCAAGAUGAUGAUAGGAGCAUCAUGACUGAACAGUUAGAGACUGUUCCUAAAGAGGAGAAGGCAGAGAGAGAAUUGCGAAGAUCAUCUCUCGAUAAGCAUAAAAAAGAGAAACCUUUUAAAACUGGGAGAGGCAGGAUUUCUACUCCUGAAAGGAAAAUAGCUAAAAAGGAACCUAGCACACUCUCCAGAGAUGAAGUGAGAAGGAAAAAAGCAGUGUAUAAGAAAGCUGAACUUGCUAAAAAAACUGAAGUUCAGGCCCACUCUCCUUCCAGGAAAAUCAUUUUAAAACCUGCUAUCAAAUAUACUAGACCAACUCAUCUCGCCUGUGUUAAACGGAAGCAGACAGCAGCAGGUGGUGAAACAAACCAGGCUCCUGGUGUAUUUAAACAAGCAAAGGAAAGACUCUCAGAUGGAGUGAGCAAGAGCCCUGAGAAGCGUUCCUCUCUACCAAGACCUUCCUCCAUCCUUCCUCCUCGGAGAGGUGUAUCAGGAGACCGAGACAGGGAGGAGAACUCUCUGUCCCUCACAGCUUCUCUCUCCUCUUCAGUGCGACGGACCACCCGAUCAGAGCCAAUUCGUAGCAGAGCAGGAAAAAGUGGAACUUCUACCCCCACCACUCCUGGCUCCACUGCCAUCACUCCAGGGACACCGCCGAGCUAUGCCUCCCGUACCCCAGGCACUCCAGGGACACCCAGCUACUCCAGGACUCCACACACUCCUGGCACCCCCAAAUCUGCCAUACUGGUACCUACUGAGAAGAAAGUUGCCAUCAUUCGCACUCCUCCUAAAUCUCCAGCCACCCCCAAGCAGCUGAGAGUUAUCAACCAGCCUCUGCCUGACCUGAAGAACGUCAGGUCCAAGAUUGGAUCCACAGAGAACAUCAAGUACCAGCCUAAAGGGGGGCAGGUUAGGAUUCUAAACAAGAAGAUCGAUUUUAGCGAUAUUCAGUCCCGGUGUGGCUCCAGAGAUAACAUCAAACAUGCUGCAGGGGGAGGAAAUGUACAGAUUGUAACCAAGAAGAUCGACUUGAGUCAUGUCACUUCCAAGUGCGGCUCCCUCAAGAACAUCCACCACAAGCCAGGAGGCGGGCGUGUGAAAAUCGAGAGCGUGAAGCUGGAUUUCAAAGAGAAAGCUCAGGCUAAAGUUGGCUCCCUGGAAAAUGCCCACCACGUGCCUGGAGGUGGCAACGUCAAGAUCGACAGCCAGAAGCUGAACUUCCGCGAGCACGCCAAGGCCCGCGUGGACCACGGGGCGGAGAUCAUCACGCAGUCGCCGGGCAGGUCCAGCGUGGCUUCGCCGCGCAGGCUCAGCAACGUCUCCUCUUCUGGCAGCAUCAACCUGCUCGAAUCCCCCCAGCUUGCCACCCUGGCUGAAGACGUCACGGCAGCCCUCGCCAAGCAGGGCUUAUGAAUGUGCUCGUCCCGCCUCGUACGAUGAAGUAAUAAUCUUUAGGCAUGAGCUCUCGGCAGGAAUGGGCUCAGAGCAGGUGUUACAUUCAUUCCUCACCAUGUCUGAAACGAAAAGCCACAUCCCCAGACUUGUAGUUACCAUCCAGUUAAAAACAACACACACACAAAAAGAAAA